AUGUCAGAGUCCAUGCUGUCCCCAAAGAAAUUGAAAGGCAAAGUUGCCAUAAUUACCGGUGGUGCCAGCGGAAUUGGGGAGGCUACAGCACGUCUUUUUGCCAAACACGGUGCUCGUAUGAUCGUGAUAGCUGAUAUACAUGAUCUUGGCCAACAACUAGCCACUUCAAUUGGCACCGACAAUUGCAUUUACAUGUACUGCGAUGUCACAAACGAGAAUCAAGUCGAAGCAUUAGUUGACUCAACCCUCCAAAACUAUGGCCAACUAGACAUCAUGUUCGGUAAUGCCGGGAUUCUAAACAGUAAGCCUCCUCAGACAGUUCUCGAUCUCGACUUAUCAGCUUUCGACCACCUCUUUGCCAUCAACGCCCGUGGCAUGGCUGCAUGCGUUAAACAUGCGGCGCCCGCAAUGGUUGAGAGGAGAAUGAAGGGGAGCAUUGUGUGCACGGCGAGUGUGACAGGGAGCCGCGGCGGUUAUUGGAUGACAGACUAUUACAUGUCAAAGCAUGCUGUGAUAGGAUUGGUUAGAUCGGAAAGCACGCAGCUAGGAGCGCAUGGAAUUAGAAUGAACUGCGUCUCACCGUGUGGCGUGGCGACGCCGGGUUUGUGCAGGUGGCUUAAUAUUGAAGCUGUGGAAGUCGAGAGGAUGUAUGAGCCAAAUCCAUGCUUGAAAGGGAUUGUGAUUAAGACGAAGCAUAUUGCAGAUGCUGUGUCGUUUCUUGCAUCUGAUGAUUCAGAAUUUGUGAGUGGGCAUGACUUGGUGGUAGAUGGUGGCUUUCUAUCUAAAUUAAAUUGA